UGUCACUACAUAAAACUAUCAGAUGGUUAGAGGAAGGCCAUGGAGGCAUACGCUUAGCUAGUCUUAUCAAGGACGCCAAAUGAAGUCCAUUCAGCUCUGCUAGAGGGACAAGCUGACUUACUUUGGAAGAAAGACUCGCAGCAGCCGUCACUCCAUAAAUGUGCACCGUCCUCGACCGUGUUCGCCUGCACACUGCAGAGGCGCUCAAAGUGGCUGCUUUGCGCACGACCCAACUCCGGCUCUGCCUGCACUGAAACUUUCUGCGGCGGUUGUUUUCAUGAAGAGCAGCGGGCUUUCGCCAAGGAAUUAAAGGAAGCUACUUUAUCAUCAUUAUUAUUAUUAUUGCGUUUGCUGAAAAAAUACACCGAGGAUGCCUCGUCCGGGGAGAAACACGUACAGCGAUCAGAAGCCACCUUACUCCUACAUCUCGCUCACUGCCAUGGCGAUCCAGAGCUGCCCGGAGAAGAUGCUGCCACUCAGUGAAAUUUACAAGUUUAUCAUGGAUAGAUUCCCUUAUUACAGAGAAAACACCCAGCGAUGGCAGAACUCUCUGCGUCACAACCUGUCAUUUAACGACUGUUUCAUCAAAAUCCCCCGGCGCCCAGAUCAACCAGGUAAGGGCAGUUUCUGGGCUCUGCACCCCAACUGCGGGGAUAUGUUUGAGAAUGGAAGUUUUUUGAGGCGCCGCAAAAGGUUCAAAGUGUCGCCCGUGUCUGAUCAUUUGGCUCCCAGCAAGCAGUCGGAUGCUGCCCAUUACCUCCAACAGCAAGCCAAGCUGAGACUGAGCGCCCUGGCAGCCACCGGCACACACCUCCCUCAGAUGUCAACUUACAACCUCGGAGUGUCUCAGUCAUCAACUUUCAAACACCCCUUUGCAAUUGAGAACAUCAUCGCCAGAGAAUACAAGGUCCCGGGAAGUCUGGCGUUCUCCACCAUGCAGUCCAUGUCUGCCGGGUACCCGCUUCACAACCAGCUGACGACAGCCUGGCCCCACAUGUACAACACUAGCGUGAUUGACACGGCGGCCCCAAUAUCCAUGGCAAGCAGCGACUACAGUGCCUAUGGCGUGCCCAUAAAAUCCCUGUGUCACGGGGGACAGUCCUUACCGGCUAUCCCGGUGCCAAUCAAGCCCACCCCGACGUCCAUGCCCGGUUUCUCGGCGCUACCUCCCCACAUCCCCGCGUUUCUAUCAAACUCUCCACAGUCUCUGAGCCCGACGUCCCCACAGACAGCGACGAGCCAAAGCAGCCCCGCAACCCCGAGUGAGACUCUGACGAGCCCGUCCACUCUACAGUCUGUGGCUGUGCACUGACCACCUGAACUUUUUCUAGUAAACGAACUGCUGGCUGGCUCCCGGGCCCCUUUACCAAACCCAAAGUUUAUAUUUUCUGCUGUUGGAAUCAAGGCGAGUUGCAGUUUGCAUAUCGAUUUAUUUGUGUUCGUGUUGAAUGCGUCGCUUUAAAUUGUGUCAAGUCCAGCACAGAAUCGUACAGCGAAGUAUUGCUCUUGAAAUCAUAAAUUAUUUGAUAGUUCUAUUUUUCAGUUUAUUUUAAAACGCGAGUGUUGAAAGUGGAGCCACUGAGGGGAUCCAAUUGGAGGGCUGUGGGGAGGUGGGGGGGAGUUUGUUUUGGCAGCAUCAACUCUUAUUUGAAGGUGGCUUCCAAAUCCCCCCGUUGCAGUUUCUCAGUUCCAUCAACUGGCAAAACUUUUGCACCGUUUCUGUGUGACCACUGUAAUGUCAAUGAAAUUGCGAGGCAAUGACUUUUUGUUUGCUUUUUUUUAUAAAAAGAAAAAAAAAUACUGGAAUGAUGGUUAAGGGUAUACCAAAUAGGAAUAGGGUUUAGAUUUCUUCUUACCAUCCCUGUAAGAAAAAAAAGUAAAAAGAAAGCAAACCGAGUUACGAAAUUCUUUUCAAUAUUGAAAAGUAGAAUUUUGAGAAGUCCUCAAAAUGCAAGAUGUGAAUAUUGAAAAUAACUGAUACUAAAAAUGUUGUAAAAUGCACUUUUUAGUUUUAUGUUUUAGAUAUCUAUUUUCCAGAAAAUGUUCUGUGAAGCAUUUAAUUUAAAAGGCUGUGGUGACCAUGUGUAUCAAAUGCUGUAAAUUUGUACUUUUUUUUAGGUAAAGCAUGCAUUUUAAAAUUUGUGUUGUUGCUGUUGUUGUUGUUGAUGAUGACGUGGUUAUUGUUGUUGUUUUAAUUGUUUUUUUUAUUAUUAUUAUUUUUAUUUUUACAUUUUUUUUGCAAGCAUGCGUGCUUUCGAAAAGUGUGCCAACAGUCUGCAAUGAAUUGGAAAAAAAAUGGUCAUCGAAAUAUUUUCUCAUUAAAAGUGAAGUAAACAAUCAAAAUGAUUCUGAAGAUUUUAUCUAAGACGAUACGAAUUAUUAUUAUUAUUAUUAUUAUUAUUAUUAUCAUUAUUAUUAUUAUUACUAUUAUUAUUAUUAUCACAAAUGGCAGCUUUUUUGAUAGUGUAAAUUUAACUUUUGGGAUUUUUUUUAGAUUUCCGCUUAAUAAUAAUAAUAAUAAUAAUAAUAAUAAUAAUCUUUAUGCAGAACUGUAUGAUUUCACGAAUUUUAUGAAUGUGAGAGAGGCAGUGGAGGCUGUGGGCAGAGAAAUGAAUCGUGCAGCCGAUUAGGAUGCAUGGAGCUGCGAUGCCCUGGCCACAGCGCAGACAACCAGGCUCAUUCAUCAAGCUGAGCUAAACACAAUUAGGCCCGACAAUAAACAUUUAGAAAAGCUGCAAACAGUGUCUAAAUUAAGUGUUACAUAAUUUCGACUUCAGAUGUCACAGAGGGUAAUUAAAUAAGCGCCAUGUUCAUUUUUUCCCCCUCUCGUUCCUAUAAAAAGAGCAUCUGAACGUUUAAACCUUGUGCUUUUUUUCUAUUUCGGGGGACAGAAUCCAACAGGUUGUGUAAAUACAGACGGAGGGAGAUACCUACGCAGGCUGCCAAAUACGCUUUUUUUUUUACCUUUUGUGUGUGGGUUUUUUUAAAUGUUGAAAAAAUAAUGUGACGUUUCUGCAUCAUCUAUAGAAAAGCAACAGCCUAUUUCGGGGCAUUGAGCAAAUACAUUAGAAUUCCGUCACUUUAUACAAUCCAGUAGAUCAAAUAAGGGGGCUCGGGCCACUUCAUUCUCCCUCAUUCACUUGUAUUGAAAGUGCAAAGAAUAGUAAACUUAGACUGGGCCACCAAUGUAGAUUUAGCCUUUUUUCAGCAAGACAAAAAGACUGAUUUUUCACAAACACAUUGCUGACUGGGGAACUAGGAAACGAGCUGCGAGACCCUUUUGGAAUUUAAAUCCACCCCUCCCCCACGGACUGUUUGUUCAACAGUGUUAGCCCCCCACCCAUCCACCCACCCACCCCAACUUUGUGCAUCUGUGUGUGUGUAACAUUAAUUCUGACUCUGGGUGAUUAGAUAUAUUUAAACUGGAAGGCCAGAUUACAAUUUAGAAGCAGAUUAAUCGGAAAAUAAUAAUUAGGCUUGCAUUAAAACCACAUUAAGAAAUGGAACUUGUUUUGUUUUUUUUAUUAAUCAAGUUAAAUAAAAAGAAAAAACUCCUAAAACACCUGUUUUACACAAGUGGGGGGUAAAAACAGUACUGUUUUAAGUAGUGCAAUAUGUAUUUAUUAUAUAUAUAUAUAUAUUUAUAAAUGUGGAUUUUUUAUUAUUUGAAUUUCAGUGUCAUUUGUCUUAUUUGUACUGCAUUGCUAAAAGGUUUAUGUAAUAUAAUAAUGCAGAUAAAUGGCUGUAAGGAACUUUUGUGAAUA